UGGAAAGCGCGAACGUUUUAUUGUGAAAAGAACGCCCGGAAGUUAAAGAUGGUAUUUUAAUCAACUUGACUCUACUGCUAUCAGAAUAGUGUGUUCCUGAAAAUUGCUAUGGAGCAGCCACAUGGGAACUUGGAUAAUCUACAGCCUCCAAAUGAGUCCUCCUCCAGCAUCCCUACUGUGAUUGACCUCACCAGGAAAGGGGAGGAUUGCUUCCUCGGCUCCACUGCUCCCGAUGCUCUGCGGAUGGGCAAGAGCCCUAGCUGGUUCCCAAAUUCCGGGACCGCCAAUUCAGGAUUACAAUUCUCAGAGACUGGCUCCUCAGACAUAGCGCUUCAUUCAGGGGAUCAAAUUCAACCAGACAAUGCCUUGUCCCACACUACAGUUACCCUCUCCUACGUGAGCAGGUCUCAUGUGUUCACCACUCACAACUCCCUAUCUCAACAUUCGCCUCUGUACGCUGUGCCGCCUAUCGGCAAGUUCCCCGUCCACCCUCACUGUGACACCGAUAACGGGCUUGGGGAGAGCAGUUAUACACUGAACCAGCAUUACUUGGGGCUGGCGGAGGAGCCCAUAAACCUUGCCACUCAGACAGAACUUUUGAACACGUUGCCUCAGGCUCGAGUUAAUCCAGAGAAUGACGGUCCUGCAGGUCUAACACGGGAGCCUAUUGGGUUUAAUGGUGGAGCCAUUAGUUGUGAAAAGUCCCUACCAGAAGAAGAGGAGCACGGCCUUCCUUUGGAACGUGGUCAGAGUUUGGAGAAUGGUGAGCUGGAUUGCCAGUCAAAUUCCAAAGCAUGUGCCGAUUCCUCAUCCACGACUCUUAUCCCCGUUACCGAUGAGGAUGAAGAGAGAAGGGGUUCCGAGAUGCUUAUCAUUAUGUCUAAGAAACAGGACUCUGUGGUGAUCUCAGACAGUUUUGCUGAUAGAGAUCUGUGUUUGAUAGGCAGGGAUUAUAGGAGUCCACUAGAGGACCCCGUUUCCCCAACUGCUACCUCGCUGGAAGACGUGGAUGCCAUAUUCACCCUCCCUCAGGCCUCCUGUUCGCCCAGUGCGGAAAAUUGUUACCUAGAGACUCCUGAAGAAGCAGCAUGUGAUGCCGUUAGCACAGACAGGCAAUCUCAACCCAGCUCUGAUGUUGGUGAUGGCACCACUGGGUUAGACCCAAAGGAUCAGAGUAAACCGAGAGCCCAUAGACGGAAGGCUGUGUUGGAACCUUUGAUUGACUUGACUGAUGAUGUUUGUGUGUCAGAUUUUUCGGAAAAUGAACACGAUAGCGUCGUUCCUCACGUCAAUGGGAAUACAAAGGUUGUUCUGAAGGAAAGGACAUUACCAAUCCGUUCUAGUAGAGGGACACGGCUAGAGGCCAUAGUCAUGAACAUAAAUUCAAGCCGGUAUAAUGUGUCAGGAUGCAUACUCGCCAAUAAAAAAACUAGUGCCUCUCAGUCGACGGCGCACGAUUCCGCCUUUGGUGUUUCAAAGAGGAAUGAUACUUUAUCAGUGCGCAAAAGAAGAGGCAAGGUUAAAUCUUCUAUCUCAGUGAAAACAGCCAAAAGAAAAGCAGUAAAAGUGAAAAAGAGUACAUUAAUCAAUGUUAAUACCGACAGUUGUAAAGACUCUACCUCUGAUUCUGAACACCUCAACAAGACGAAGAAGCAGCAUAGCAGUAUACCUCCAAAAAGUCCUCGGACUGCAAGGUCAAAGAGGGAACCAGUACUUCCACCACACACCAGCAGCCCCAAGUCCACCAGGAAACCCCCACCACAGUCAGGUUCUCAGUUUGCUGUGAAGAACUCAAACACGGAGCCCGAGCUGCUCGCGCAGCCCGAAGCCUCCGUGGAAAUGAAUGUGUCCACGUGUUCUUCCCCAACGCCACAAGCGAAAUCUCCAAAGUACAGUCCAGGCAAAGCCCAAAGUAAGUCGCCCGGUAGCAAAGGGCCCCCCACGGCUAAGGUGAGGGCAGCUCGCACUCCCAAACGAAGGCGAAAGAAGCACAAACAGAGCCAGGCUUCCACCUUGUUUUCCCCCAAGGAACCUGAGAUCAGGCUGAGGUACAUCAACUAUAAGGAGGACAAAAGGGACGUGAAGUUGGACAGUUUUUCUCCGUUUGUUCGCGUGAAGCGUCAUCAGGCAUCGCCAUCGCUCUGCACGGUCGUUAACUACCCCGAGGAGGUGAAGACGCAACCCAAGAAGCGCCAGUCGGCGCAGUCCCACCCCGGCGGCUUUAUUUCCGCCGUGGUGCCGAGCACUUCCUGUUUGCAGCUGGGCCGAGUUUCCAUGCACAGCCAGUACCGGCGCGCUCUCGUCUGCUGCUUAUGCGGCCAGUCGGCCAACGCUAUCGAUUUGGGGGACCUCCACGGACCCUACUACCCCGAGGGAUACCGGCCGAGCACCAAAACGCCCGUGGGCACGUCCGAACUCAAAGGGGAAGCGGACGAGUACAGCGAUUCGGACUCUUCUUCCUGCAGCAUGAGGGGCGGCGGGGGGAGGAAGUGUGCCAUCCCCCCCACACCCUGGGCUCUGAAACAAGGAGCCCAGCUGAAGCAGAAGGGUCUGCAGGGGCGCUGCCGGUGGGCCGGAGACGGCGGGAGCAGCCCCGAGAACAAGCGGGCUCGGUUAGACGCUGCUUCCAAAGACGAGGAGGACUGGUACUCCCCUCCUGUCCUGCCCCUGGAGCCCUGCGAGUACUGGCUCCACGAGGACUGCGCCAUCUGGUCUGCAGGCGUCUUCCUCGUGAAGGGCAGAGUCUACGGGCUGGAAGAAGCUGCAAAGAUGGGCCUGGAGACGAUGUGUUCAGCAUGCCAUCACCCCGGUGCCACGCUGGGCUGCUUCUUCAAAGGCUGUCCGAACAAGUACCACUACAGGUGUGCUCUGGAGUCAGAUUGUGUUCUCAUUGAAGAGAAUUUCUCCAUGAAGUGUAAGAAGCACAAGAACAAAACAUUCAAAGCACCUCCGGGAAGCCGAUGGGACGACAGGUGACACUUCACAGGAACCUCGUGAAACUCGUCUGCAGCGUCUGGGAGGGGUGGUGGCCCCCCUCCCCCCGUGGUAAACGUGGACCAGGGGUCUUCUGACUGACCGCUAGCACCAACAAACCUUAACGUCACCCUCUGCCCUUCAACUGCACUGUUAGCUCCACGCCGCGACGGGACCCCCCCCGCCCGCCAAACCCUCCCCACUCCAGUCAGCCAGCGCCGCCGGGGGGGCCGAGGAAGACCACGCUGACUUCAUCAUGUGGGUUGUUAUUUAUAUGGGAUUGUUUGGGGCUUUUUUGUUUUGUUUUGUUAUUUUUCCUCGGAUUAAAUAUGAUUAACAAUCAAAGAUAUUUAAUUUUUUUAAAGAUUUUCUAAGUAUUUGAAUAUAUUUGUUUUAUUUAUUCCUGAACUUUAAAAAGAAUGAUUAUUAUUAUUGGGUUCUUUAGCAGUUGUCAAAGAGGUUUGAUUGCGGAUGUGUGCGUGUGUUUUUGUUUUCUUGAAGUCGAGGUGAAGCGGUUUGAUCUUUAACCCUCAGACCAGUUCAGGAGACUGGUUUGUGUCGUAAUGAGGUCAGACGUAUUGUGGGGCGCCGUGGAACGCCAAACAGCUUCUUUCUUUGCCCCCCCGCGGCGGUCGGGGGCUCGGCUGAUGUCGGUCCGAUUGUGUUUGUGUUUUCGUGGGAAGCUCCAGCUGCAGUGUUACCGCCCCCCACGCGUCGGGCUUCAGGCUUCACAUGUGGCCCCCAGAGCGGCCCCCUCCCACCGUCACAAUCAAACGGUAUGUUUUCCUCUUCUGGAGUCAGUCAAAGCACUUUGGCCUCCCCCUUUUGGGCCGGGAGCAUUUAAAGCUCUGCCCCCAAAUCAGAUGCUAUCUUGGAAGAAUUUCAGGGUGAGUUAAGGAGUCCUGUCAUGAUUGGUUAAUAAUACAGGCUUACCCCCCCCCCCCCGGAUGUGAAUGCUUUAGUUUUAAAUGUAGUUUGAGCUCUAAAGUCCCCUUUCGCCUGGUUUUUUGCAGAGUAGCUCUCCUUUCAGAGGACACAUGAGGGAUGUUCUGCUUGUUUCUGUGCUAAACGUUUGGUUUACAUCAGCUUUAUAGGAAUGUUGACGGGGUUCCCAUCUCGAUUUAGCUCUACAAACGGUGCAUUUUCACCCGAACCCUUCUGAGAAAAAAGGCCUUAUUCGUCCCACAGAGUGUUGCACCAGCUUUCCUUUAGGAGCCACGACAGAUCUGUGGCCGUAUGUAAUCAGCAUUCAUCCGGACCAGCCCCACUCUGGAACCGGCCCCCGGCCCAAGCCCACAUCCUCGUCCCGUUUCUGAAAAAAAGGAAAUCAGUGUGAUAAACGUCUGUCUGGGUGUAGUUCUGCGUUAGCACCAGUAGGGGCAGCGUCAGGCCAUCAGAUCCAGAGGCAGAUCCCAGACCCCCCCCCCCUCC